AGAGAGAUCCUGCCUUUGCGGAAGCCGGAGGAGCAAAGGCGGCGCUAAAUUAAAUUAGCAUACUAACUAGUUAGCUGUGCGCCGAUGUGGAUGGACUGGUGAACCGAGCUGCCUGAAGAAAUACACAUUUUCUAAAGUCAAGACACCACCGAUUCCGGGCUCAUUUUGUUGGGAUCUUCCUGCCGUACGCCUGCCGAGGAGAUGGGGGACAAGGCGGGCACCAGAGUUUUCAAGAAGUCGAGCCCCAACUGUAAGGUGACAGUUUACCUGGGAAAGAGAGACUUUGUGGAUCACCUGGACCAUGUGGACCCAGUAGAUGGAGUGAUCCUCGUCGACCCCGAGUAUCUGAAGGACAGGAAAGUCUUCGUCACGCUGACCUGCGCGUUUCGAUAUGGGCGUGAGGACCUGGACGUGCUGGGUCUGUCGUUCAGGAAGGAUCUCUACAUCUCCACCUUCCAGGCCUUCCCUCCGGUGCCUGAGGAGCGGAAACCAAACAGCCGGCUGCAGGAGAGGCUGCUGAAGAAACUUGGCCAGCAUGCACAUCCAUUCUACUUCACUAUUCCUCAGAACCUGCCCUGUUCAGUCACUUUACAGCCCGGCCCAGAGGACACUGGGAAGGCCUGCGGUGUUGACUUUGAGAUCAGAGCUUUCUGUGCCAAGUCGAUAGAAGAGAAGAUUCACAAGAGGAACUCGGUGCGUCUGGUGAUCAGGAAGGUUCAGUACGCUCCGGAGAAACCCGGUCCUCAGCCCAUGGUGGAGACCACCCGCAGCUUCCUCAUGUCUGACAGAUCCCUGCACCUGGAGGCCUCUCUGGACAAGGAGCUGUAUUACCACGGAGAGCCCAUCAGCGUCAACGUUCACGUCACCAACAACUCCACCAAGACCGUCAAGAGAGUCAAGAUUUCCGUGCGUCAAUAUGCAGACAUCUGCCUUUUCAGUACUGCCCAGUAUAAAUGUCCAGUGGCCCAGCUCGAAGCAGACGACCAGGUGUCGUCCAGCUCCACGUUCUGUAAGGUGUACACCCUGACCCCGACGCUCGACAAGAACAGAGAGAAGAGAGGACUCGCUCUGGACGGCAAACUCAAACAUGAAGACACCAACCUGGCCUCGUCCACCAUUGUGAAGGAUGUCACCAACAAAGAGGUUCUGGGGAUCCUGGUGUCCUACAGAGUCAAAGUGAAGCUGGUGGUCUCACGUGGAGGGCUGCUGCGAGGCAUGUUGGAGAGAGACGUGUCGGUGGAGCUGCCCUUCAUCUUAAUGCAUCCUAAACCUGCGGAGCCGCCGGUGUCCCGCCCACAGUCGGCUGUGCCAGAGAUGGACCCCCCCAUCGACACCAAUUUGAUAGAGUUCGACACAAACAGCAUCUCCCAGGACGACGACUUCGUCUUCGAGGACUUUGCCCGCCUGCGACUCAAAGGCGUCGUGGACGACAAGGACGAGGACUGCUAGGAGCUCGCCGACCCUUCAUACGCUUGCUUCAAAACCACAUCUCUCUCUCUCACACACACACACACACAAACACACACACACACACACACACACUCUCUUCACGUUACAUUCCCCGGUGGAGGGGAUGGAUGAGGGCAUGUUUGGACGGGGGCCUCGCAGGGGCACGGUGGUGUUCUUCCUCUCUUGCUUCAGCCAUUCUUCACGCCUCCGCCAUUUUUCGAUCGCCGUCUUGUACAAACGGGAUAUAUAUAUUUGAAACAUAGAAAAAGAAUUAAUCUUCUACGAGCAGUCGAGACCUGUGUUCAGUGGUGAUCGCCGUUUUUCUUCGAGUAAAUACUGUAGAUGCUUUUUACAUGGUGGCUGCGAAAGGGAGGAAACACACACACAAACACACUCACAGCAGUCUUACACAGGCGACUGAAGUUCGAUUUCACCAGCAUCCGGUCUCCCGCUCUCGUCACACUCUGAACUUGACCCCCCCCCGUCCAUUUUGUAAAACGUUUGUCACGUCGUCACGUCCUGUCGGCCGCACUGUUUCUCUUGUUUUCAAUCCCCGCUUUUUUUUUUUAAGAACCAUUCCAGCGUUGAUGGAGUCGUUUCCUUUUAUUUAAAACACUUUGCAUCUUUCAGAAGUUGAAGAAUAAGUUCUGGUGUCGUCUGUGUUUUUCUCGCCGUCAUCAGAUCUCGGGAUCAGAUCAGAACCGAAAACUAGACACUAGCUGAGGUUCAUUUCUGGCUGUCUAACUCCGUCAGAGCCCAUCGGUUCCUACUGAAGAAGUAAAUCUUUAAAAACAACUCACAAAUAUGAAAUUUGUAUGUAUAUCCACCUAUUAAACCUGACCUGCAAGCGAGUGCACCGGGGUCCAAGUACGACUUCUAACCGAAGCCCAGACCCAGGCCAGUUGGCGAGCCAGCAGACGCAACGUCAGUGAUCUUCGUUUAGAACUGGACCUGCAAGCCGGCUUGUUGGGGUCUAAUGCUGCCACGCGGCGCCUCUUCUGAUCAGGGAGAGUAAGAUUAUAUGUUAAAUUCAUUCUUCUAAAGUGAGAUACAUCCGCUCGUAUUCCAGCGCUGGAGAACCUGCAAGUUUCCCAGGGUUCAAGCGUAGGACACACAAACAGAAAUCUACGUCAUGUGGUUAACACAUCGGGACAAUAAUAAAACUUAGAUAAUGUUCUGACACAAGUUUCCUCUCUACAGGAUGAAACGAGCCAGUUCGCAAAAGUAGGUUUGGCACAUUUUGCGUGAUUGGCAGAGAGCGUGGGUGCGUGGUACCACAGAGGAAUAUCUGGAAUACGUAUCGGUUCCGAACUCGCUGCUGGGUUUUAUGUUUUCGUGGCGUCUCUGGACAGCGAGAAAAAUACAGAACACCGCCAGACUUGGCCUCACAUCUCACGCUUUCUCGGGGCAACAGGUUUGAAGAUGUUUUUAAAUCAGGUGUCUGAUGUUUCUCGGGCUCGUUUGGCUGGAGCCGCUGGUUUGGGUAAACGGAGGCUUGACUGAGAUAUCUUACCUCUAUCUGGUAUAAACUGGUCUGGUUUCUGUUCCUGUGGAAGUAAAAGCGUUCUCUCCACCUUUUCUUAAACGCAGAUUAGCAUUUCUUCAGUUCUUAAGUGCUUUAAAAUGGAUGCUGAGCUCGUCUCGUGGUUUCAGCGGAGCAGUGAAGUCGGUGAAUAUCCGGGGCUGUUUAUCAAAGUUGAAGCUGAAACAGUCUGAGACUCGAUCCUGCCUGGUUCAAACGGUCAUCGUCCGCUUGUUAAAGGGAAAUACUGGAGUUUUUUGUUUGGUUUAUUAUCAUCAUCUCCGUUUAAAAUCUGAACCAAAUACAGAUAAUUACAAUUAGUGUCCAUCUUUGAGGGAUGAAGCUUGUAACUUAGUAACUACUGUAAACUGCUUUGUGCCUUCUAGAUCUCACUGUUGCCAAUAUAACUGUGUUUUAUUUGCCAGUCCCUUUUGUGUGAUGAGAAACCGAGAUGCAGUUUGUGAUUUGUUUAUUCAUCAGCAGUAAAUUGCAGAAAACUACUGUAAAUAGCUUAAAAAAAAGAGAAGAAAAAAAAAAGCUAAUCAUUGUUAUGGCUGGUUGAUAAUUCUGAGUCAUCGUACUGUAAGUAAAGUCGUAUUUCUGACUCCUUGUGUCGAAAUGACUUUUCAAAUGCAGGAUAAUAAACUGUAUCUAAAGGAAA